AUGGACAGUGAUAAGCUGCACGGGAUGGACGAAUACGCUCUGACGGCACUACUGGACUCAUUGGGGGAACUGAAGUCAAGUUUCAACGGUGCGCACACAAGCUUGGAGGAAUUGGAUUUUGAUUCAAUUUGCAGCGAUCUGCCUGGUAAAUUCGACUCCACUUUAGUUAACCUCAGAUCCACUCUGCAGCGUGAAAUUGGAAAGCGUAGUGCACCUCAGCUAUGCUCCACAUUCAGGGUUAACGCCAAUGAGUCGCAAUCAAUUAUAGUGAACACCAACCGAUCAAGCUUGCCGUUACUUACACUGCCAAAGUUCACUGGUGCCUAUACUGAGUGGACAAACUCCUUCUCCAUGUUGGUAUCUGUCAUCGACAAAGAUAGCGACCUUACGCCGGUCGACAAGCUUCAACAUCUACGUUCCUGCCUGAGUGGUGCAGCGCUGGAUACCAUACGUUCUCUAGAAAUAAAUGAGGCACACAUCAGGGAGAUCUUCGGGCUGGGCAAAGCAGAUGGGUCAGUAGGCAGGCUACGGGAACUAACUGACAAAGUCACCGCUCACAUACGUGCACUGCAAUCGCUUGGGUCCAAGGAGCAAAUAUCCGACUGUAUCAUUGUACAACUACUAAUACAGAAGUUAGACAAAGCGACUCAAUCCAAAUGGGAGGAGAAUUCGCCGACAAACGAACUACCUUCGUGGGACCAGUUAUCUACCUUUCUGGAGAAGCGCUGUAGAACGCUCGAAAACGUCGAACACGUUAUGCAAACACCAGUUGGUCAAGCUGGUAAAUCUGGUAAAAACGUGAGUACCAACCAAAGAAAAUCAUUUGUUGCUUCUGGUGGCUCAGUGGGCGGUUGCGUAUUUUGUGGAUCCCAUGAGCAUCUGAUAUACCAUUGUCCUCGCUUUACAAAUCUGUCGCCAAACCUCCGCCAAAAAGAGGUUAAACAACUCGCUCUAUGUCUCAAUUGUCUAAAAAAAGGUCAUCAGAUGCGCGACUGCAAAUCGGGGUCUUGUCGUAACUGUCAAUCAAAGCACCAUACACUUUUGCACUUUGAGCGCUCUGCUCCAACUGCCACCAGCCCUCAAGGCUUAACUUUGAAAUCCGCUACAGCCCAACCUAAUGCCAUGACUGCAGCCUUAUCUGCCUCGUCCCAGGCCCUUACUUCUCCAUCUGAUGUUGUGCUUCUAGCCACUGCGGUAAUUUUUGUAAAAAAUCGUGCCGGCACUUUCGUACCUUGUCGUGCGCUGUUAGACUCUGGUUUACAGCUGCACUUUAUCACCUCUCGUUUCACAAACCAGCUGCAGCUACGCAAAACCAAAACCUUCGCUGGAGUAUCUGGCAUUGGCGACGUCAACUUUUCAACGGAGGGAUACUCGGUCGAUCUCGUACUGAAGUCGCGGACUUCUGAUUUCUCGACGACGAUUACUGCUGUUGUCGCACAAACGAUCACUGAAAGUCAACCUGGCCUUACAGUGAGCACCGUUAAUUGGCGACUUCCCUCCAACAUCCAGCUGGCUGAUCCCAACUUCAACAUACCACAGCGUAUUGAUCUGCUAAUAGGAGCAGGACUCUUCUUCGAACUUCUCUGUGUGGGCCAAAUUCAGUUGGCGCCUGGGCUGCCAUUGCUUCAAAAAACUCGGUUUGGUUGGAUGCUGUCCGGUGGUGGACAACAAACGCCCAAACUCUCAUCUUUCGUCGUACGUCAACGGUCAUCUACUGACAUUGAUUGUAGUACUCGGCUAGAUUAUUUAGUGCGUCGUUUUUGGGAAAUCGACCAUGUAAUUGAGCCAAUCGCUAAAACAACAAAGGAAGAGCUCGACUGCGAAGAGCACUUUAGGCAAAAUUAUUCGCGUCUGUCUUCAGGCGAGUAUUCCGUGCGUCUGCCGAUGAAGAGUAGCGUGGAGUCACUAGGUGAUUCGUAUUUACAGGCACUACAUCGCUUUCGCAGUCUUGAACGAAAACUGACUCGCAAUCCACAGCUCAAGGAACAAUAUGUGGCAUUCAUUAACGAAUAUUUGGAUCUCAACCACAUGUCACUAGUCUCCAGUAAGGAUGUUCAUGACUGUAAGUUUUUCCUUCCACAUCACUGUGUCAUCAAGGAUGACAGCACUACAAAAAAGCUGAGAGUUGUAUUUGAUGGCUCUGCAGCUACAACUUCGGGCUUGUCGCUGAACGAUCUGCUCAUGUCAGGUCCAACAAUACAACCGAAGCUUUUCAACAUCCUCAUUAGAUUUCGAUCGUUUCCCGUCGCACUUACUGGAGACAUCUGCAAAAUGUAUAGAUGCGUUCGAGUCACUGCACCAGACGACAUGCUCCAGUGUAAACUAUGGCGUGACUCUCCACAAGAUGACCUACGCGUGUACAAGUUGAAUACGGUGACCUAUGGAACUAAGCCUGCAUCAUUUCUGGCUAUUCGGGCCAUGCAUCAGCUCGCGUUUGAUGAAUCAUCAGCAUAUCCCCUGGGUUCAAAGGUCGUUCUUCGAGACUUCUAUGUGGAUGAUAUGAUAUCUGGUGGCAAUUCAGUGCGGGAAGUGCGAAACAUUAUGCAGCAAACAACAGGUUCUCGAGGUAAUUUCCAAUUACGGAAAUGGUGCUCCAACAGCCCUGAUGUUCUCGGCGAUAUUCCCCAAACAGAAAGAGAAAGCUUUCUCAAAUUCGAUGACGGCAGUGAUAUCACCAAGGCUCUGGGACUAGUCUGGGAUCCGUUCAAAGACACUCUGUUGUUUUCGUUUUCGCCGAUCAGAUCUGGCAGAAAUUCCAAACGCUCUGUAUUAGCUACCAUAGCUCGUUUUUACGAUCCACUUGGCCUACUAGGCCCCACUCUGACAAGGGCGAAAAUUCUUUUACAGCGAAUGUGGAGGGAUAAGCUCGCGUGGGAUGAAAGCUUGCCCCAUUCACUGGAUACGGCCUGGUCUACGUUUUGUGAAGAUUUCGUCAACAUUCAACAUUCGUCAUUUCCGCGCUAUGUAUUACAGCCUGGAGCCGCGCUUGAAAUUCAUGCGUUUUGCGACGCUAGCCUUGAAGCAUAUGGCGCUUGUGUAUAUGCUCGCUCAACUAAGGAUAACAACGUCCAAUUACAGUUGCUAUGUUCAAAGGCACGCGUUGCUCCACUGAAAACUCUGACUGUGCCCAAGUUGGAACUCAGCGCUGCCGCUCUGCUUGCGCAGUUAGUAGGUCAGAUAGCCAAGAUGAAGGUUUUUGACUGCCGCUUCUAUUGUUGGUCAAAUUCGUCGAUCGUUCUAUCAUGGCUGCAGGAAGAAUCUUCAAAAUUUAACGUUUUCGUCGCUAAUCGAAUAUGUGCUAUACAGGAGCUUACACAGGGGAUGACUUGGCACUAUGUUCCUACAGCCAUGAACCCAGCAGACAUCCUAUCCAAAGGGGCCGCACCAAGAGAGCUCUUGCAAUCAGCUCUUUGGAUGCACGGUCCAAUAUUCUUGCACAAAGCAGAAAUCAGCUGGCCUGAAUUUCGCGAACCACAAACCAAGCUUUUGGAAACUCGUCAAAAGGUAUUACUCACAUCAAAUGAUCGACCCGACGUAUCUCUUUCAUUUAAGUACAUCAACUCGUUUGGCAAAAUGCAGCGUAUUUUUGGUUACGGCCGCAGUCACUACUUGCAGCCAUUCGCUUACAAUACUGGCCCAUAG